AUGGCUGACGGAAAGCCGUCGGUCCUCAUAGUCGGCGGCCUCGGUUUCAUCGGUCGUUUUCUAGCACAACAUAUACACAAGAACCAGCUUGCCUCAACCGUACGGUUAGUCGACAAAGUCCUACCUCAACUAGCACAUCUUGCGCCUGAGUUCACCGAAGCAUGUUCGAACGCGGUUUUCCUCCAGGCCGAUGCCUCUCGAGAACAGUCUAUGUCCCGAAUAUUCGAUCAUCCUGACAUACCUGGGGGUAAAUGGGACUAUGUCUUCAACUUGGGCGGUGAGUCGGCUUGGUCGCAAACGUACGAGAUCUACAAAUUGCGGAGUCAUCAGCUGAGUGUGACACUUGCCAAAGAGUCUGCGAAGCGAGGAGUAGGUGUGUUUGUGGAAGCGAGCACAGGAAUGGUAUACUCCUCCAAUAAAACUCCAAGAGUCGAAAGUGACAAACUGAAACCAUGGACGAAGAUGGCAAAGGUAAAGCUCGAGACUGAAAUAGCGAUGAGCAAGCUGCCAGGAUUGAAUUUGGUCAUCUUACGCAUGCCACAUGUUUAUGGCGAUUACGAUCAUAAAUACGUUUCGAAAGUUUUGUGUAUAGCAAGGGUACACCAGGAACAAAGCAAUGAGUUGAAGUUGCUAUGGACCGAAGAUCUGAGGGUCAACACAUUACACGUGGAAGAUGCUGCCAGGGCACUAUGGACAGCAGCGGAGUGGAAACGAGGAGGAAACAUAAUGCCUCCGAGUCCAACGCUAAGCAGGAGAAAUACUCUAUCAAAAGGCGAAGAAGGUCCAGUCUCCGACACACCUGUCUUCAACAUUGUCGACCACGGCGAAACGACCCUAGGCGACGUAUCCAAGAUCAUCGGCGAAGUGUUCGGCAUCAAGACCGGCUUUCAAGGCACCAUAAUAUCACAGUUCGCCAAAUUAAACCUAGACAGUGUCGUCGACGACCUGAACGAGGAUUUCUUACAACCAUGGGCAGACAUGAUCGAAAGAGCCAAAAUUACACGGCCAGGACCACUUUCACCAUUUCUAGAGAAGGAACUACUCAAGGAUUCCGACCUGAGUAUGGAUGGUAGUUUAUUCGAGAAGACAACAGGCUUCAAAUAUUUGCAUGAAAAGUUUACUGCUGAUGAGGCACGGAAAUUAAUUGAGAGCUAUAAGAGGAUGAAUUGGUGGCCAUGA